AUGGGGCGGUGGUGGUGGAAAGUUGCGGCGUUGGUGGCGAUAGUGGCAGUGUGGAGAGGGUGGCAGGGACAGGGAUGGGAGAAGGAUUCUAUGCUCAAUUUUCUGAGUGAUUGGUCUCAGAAAUUAGGGAUUUGGGCGAUUCCUCUUUAUGUCUCUCUCCACACUCUCUCCAUCGCUCUCUGUUUACCCUCUGCCAUUUUCUUCGAAACCGCUGCUCCUCUUCUUUUCGGUUUCAUCCCUUCCGUUUUCUGCGUCUUCUCCGCCAAAAUCCUCGCCGCCUCUCUCUCCUUCAACAUCGGCAGGUUGAUAUUUAGGAAUUCAAGCUCAGCAGUUGAGUGGGCCCAAAGAAACAAAUAUUUUCAUAUGAUCUCGAGAGGAGUUGAGCAAGACGGUUGGAGAUUUGUUCUUCUUGCCCGCUUCUCACCUGUGCCCUCUUAUGUUAUUAACUAUACCUUGGCUGCUACUGAAGUUGGGUUCUUUUUAGAUUUUCUUCUUCCUACUGCUAUUGGAUGUGUCCCCAUGAUCUUGCAGAAUACAUCUAUUGGAAGCCUUGCUGGUGCUGCUGUUGCUACAGCCUCUGGUUCUAAGAAAUCUCAAAUUUGGUCGUACUUUUUUCCUGUAGUUGGUAUUUUGUCUAGUGUACUUAUUUCGUUGAGAAUUAAAAAGUAUUCAACCCAAGUUUCGGUAUCUGAAAUCUCUCCCAGCAGAAAUAACACAGCUGAUUCGUGACAAACCUUAUCUGGCAGUGAAGAGACGGAGUACCUAUGAAGAAUUUAAGGGUCAUUUUUGUAUUGAGUUAGCAUUACAUUA